UCCCAGAGCUUCCGAGAUGUUUAUUUUUUCUUCUUCCUUUCCUGUGUGACUAGUGGGAUUGCGGCUGGGGGACUCUUGUUGUUUCAGAUGCCGGUGACCUUUGAGGAGGUGGCUGUGUAUUUCACCCAGGGGCAGGGGGCUCUGCUGGACCCCGCUCAGAGAACCCUCUACAGGGAUGUCAUGCGGGAGAAUUACGAGACUGUGACCUCACUGGGAUUUCCCAUUCCCAAACCUGACCUGAUCACCCGGCUGGAACGAGGACAAGAGCCGUGGAUCUCCGAUCUCCAGGCCUGCGAGGAAAGAGAGAUACCAAGAGGCACCCGCACAGGUGAUGAGAGAGUGAGUGAGAAGGAGGAG